UAUUCACAAAUCGAGUGUUCACCAACCAUCUCCAAGACUCCAACUACCCUUCUUAAUAUCUCUCACUCCUGUAUCCAUUUCCCUUUCCAUGGUAUAAUUGCAAAAUGGAAGCCACAGCCGCAGCUCAUCUCGUGUCUUGUUCUGUAUCUAGCCGGAGCAAUAAUGCCAACACAAGGCGAGGAGCACGAACAAGAAGCCCUCCUCAAAUUCAUUUCUUCCACACCUCAAUUCACAAGAAAAGAUUCAUCAACAAGUGCGCAUUAAGUAGCGAUUCUGACCAGGGUUUAGCUUUCACCAAAGGAAGCAGCAUUGUGAUACCAGCGGAAGCGGAAGCUAGCUAUGACAUAGCGCCCAGUGUCCAGACCGAGCUCAUAAUGCUUUCUUUGCCCGCUAUCGCGGGCCAAGCAAUUGAACCACUGGCUCAACUCAUGGAGACUGCUUAUAUUGGGAGACUAGGAUCCCUGGAAUUGGCUUCAGCUGGGGUUUCAAUAUCAAUAUUUAACAUAAUAUCCAAAGUAUUCAAUAUUCCUCUUCUUAGUGUUGCCACUUCAUUUGUUGCUGAAGACAUUUCUAAGCAUUCAACCCAAGGUUUUAGCUCAGCUGAGAGGAUGCAGUUGCCCUCCGUUUCUACUGCAUUAGUGUUAUCUAUUGGAAUUGGUCUACUUGAGGCCACAGCAUUAUAUUUCGGAUCUGGGACGUUUCUUAGCAUCAUGGGCAUAUCAACUGCAUCACCAAUGCGAAUUUCAGCACAUCACUUUCUUCAACUUAGAGCACUUGGUUGCCCAGCUGUUGUGCUUUCUCUGGCUAUUCAGGGCAUCUUUCGUGGUUUCAAAGACACGGAGACUCCUGUGAAAUGUCUUGGUCUUGGAAAUAUGGCAGCAGUUUUCCUUUUCCCUAUACUGAUGUACGUAUUUCACUUAGGAGUAACUGGUGCGGCCAUAUCCUCAAUUUUAUCGCAAUAUAUAGUGACACUUUCCAUGAUAUGGCAUCUUAAUAAGCGAACUGUACUGGUACCGAAUUUGGAAAAAUUGCAGUUUGGUGGCUAUCUAAAAUCAGGUGGUUUUCUUCUUGGAAGAACUCUUGCUGCUGUUAUGACUGUUACUUUAAGUACGUCAAUGGCUGCUCGUCAAGGACCAUUGUCCAUGGCUGCUCAUCAGAUUAUCCUGCAAGUAUGGUUGUCUGCGUCUCUCCUUGCAGAUGCCCAAUCUUCAUCUAGUCAGGCUCUUAUUGCAAGUUCAUUUGCAAAAGGGGACUACAGCAGAGUUAGAGAGAUAACUUACAUUAGCAUAAAGGCAGGACUAUUUACUGGCAUCAUGUUAGCUAUCAUCUUGAGCUUGUCAUUUGGUUCGUUAGCUACUUUAUUCACCAAGGAUGCAGAAGUGCUAAACAUUGUUAGAUCUGGGUUAUUGUUUAUCAGUGCCAGUCAGCCUAUCACUGCUCUUGCUUAUAUUUUUGAUGGUCUCCACUAUGGUAUAUCAGAUUUCAUGUUUGCUGCUUGCUCAAUGAUGGUUGUUGGGGCAUUGUCAUCAGCAUUUCUGCUAUGGGCCCCUCCACUAAUUGGUCUUUCAGGAGUUUGGUCAGGUUUGACCCUCUUUAUGGCCUUGCGCACUGUGGCUGGUUUAAUGAGACUAUCUUCAAAGAAUGGCCCCUGGUGGUUCUUGCAGGACGUUCACGGAACUGAGGUUGCUGUUUGACACAAGGACAUUGGUUGUUUGGAUCAUUGACAACUGCAUUUCUGCUCAGUAACUAGUACUGCUUGUUUUAAAUAGAUGGAUGAUUCUUUUCAUUGGGCCUUCAGCCCAAGAGAAGCCCAUCAAGACUAAACCCAGAAGCCACAGUCCGUGCCAAGCACAUGAGCAUGCAGGAAAAAACCAAUAUAAAUAGCAUAGAAGUAGAUCUAGAGCCUGUUUGUCCCGGCUUUAAGCUGUUUCUAACUUUAAGCUGAAAAAUGGGGUUUGGCUGGGCUUUUAAGCCUCAUUUUAAGCACUUCUUUUAACUUGCCAAACGGUACACAAAUAAGUUGAAGCCGCUUCUCUUCCAAAUAAGCCAUUAGCUCAGGGGGGCUUUUAAGCCUCAUUUUAAGCACUUCUUUUAACUUGCCAAACGGUACAUAAAUAAGUUGAAGCCACUUCUCUUCCAAAUAAGCCAUAAGCUCGGUUUGCCAAACACUCACAUUCUGUCUGUGUAGUAAGUCAGAAGUCGGCUUAAAGUCAGUAAUAAGCCAGAAGCUGACUUAUUUUUAUUAUUAUAUUUUUAAUAACCCAGAAGCUGUAAAUAAGUCAAAAUUAUCUAAACAGACAAUUUAAACUCCCAGCUUAUCAGAUAAGUCAAGUCAUAAGUCAUGUUAAGUCAUAAGCCAUAAACUCAGCCAAACGGGCUCCUGGAAAGGGGUUGAAAACUUGAGGAUUAUGCCCUCGGUAACAGACAGCAUAUUCAUUCUCUCUAGUCUAACACUUUUGUUAUUCUGGUGUAAAUUUGAGCUUAUCAGUACUCUAAAUUUAUUUUAAAGUGCACAAAAUGAUGUUGUGAGAAUUAUGUUAUUGCAAAUACAUAAGAUUAUUCUUUAUUUUAUAGUUUCUUUCCGGGAAGGGGAGGCGUGAAUGAUUGUUUUAA